CCCCACCUCCAGCCACACUGUGUCUCCUUGCUCUUUCCUGCAGCAGAGAGCAGAAGGCAGUUCACCUCUGCUCUCUGAGGUCUGGAAUCCUGCAAGCCCUGAGUAUCUGAAGGCUGGUCUUAUGAAACUACAUCCUUCUCUGGUUGUGUGAUUGAAUGGGGCGCUCUUAAGUUUCACCUCAACUAAAGGGUUUGGGGAAGAUCUCCAGUACAGGACUGCAUUUCAAAAGCCUAAAAAGCCCAGAAGAGAAAGGCAAAACAACUUGAACGUGAAGAAAUGAAAUCCCAGAGGAGAACUACUUUGUGCUUCAUGUUUGCUGUGAUUUAUUCUUCCCAAGCGACACUGAACUUAGAGUCUGCUGUCCAUCCUUUGAUUCUCCAAGAACAUGAACUAGCUGCUGUAGAACCACUAAGGCAAAAACGAGCAGUUGCCACGAGUGGUCCUGCCAUGGAAGAGUACACUGUUGAUAUUGAGAUCAGUUUUGAAAACACAUCCUUCGUGGAGUCUAUCAGAGCUCGCUUGAACAGCCUCAGUUUUCCAAUCCAAGGAAACAACACUGACCCAGCUACUGAUAUUUUAAGCAUAGAGCUGACAACUGUAUGCAGGCCCACUGGAAAUGAGAUCUGGUGCUCCUGCGAGACAGGCUAUGGGUGGCCUCAGGAAAGGUGCCUCCACAGUCCCACUUGUCAAGAGCAAGGCAGCUCUCUCCCAGGGCACCGUUGCAGUUGCCUUAGGGGACUUCCUUCAAAGGGACCUUUCUGCCAGCUCCAGGAAGCAGAUGUUACCUUGAGAAUGAAGGUCAGACUAAAUGUGGAAUUUCCAGAAGACCUUAAGAACACAUCCUCUGCCCUCUAUAGGUCCUACAAGACCGACUUGGAAAGAGCGUUCCAGGAGGGUUACAGAAUUUUACCAGGCUUCAAAUCGGUGAUGGUGACAGAGUUCACCAAGGGCAGUGUGACUGUGUCAUAUGAAAUCCAGAGUAAAACACCACCACCUGGAUUAAUUCAGAAAGCCAACGAGCAAGUCAUACAGACUCUUAAUCAGACCUACAAAAUGGACUACAGUUCCUUUCAAGGGGUGCCUAGUAAUGAAACUAAGUUCACUGUUGUACCAGAAAUCAUCUUUGAAGGGGACACAGUAACCCUGGAAUGUGAAAAUGAAGUUUUGUCCUCCAAUGUGUCUUGGUACCGGGGAGAAAGACACAUCCAGAACAGCAGCAGAUUCUCCAUCUACACCUCGAUGCCCAACAACAUAACCUCAGUAUCACGCCUCACCAUCCACAACAUCACUCAGGGUGACGCGGGUGAAUAUCUUUGCAAACUGAUAUUGGAUAUUUUCGAGUAUGAGGCUAAAAAAAAAAUAGAUGUGCUACCCAUCCGAAUUUUGGCAAAAAAAGAAAUGAAGGUGAUGUGCGACAACAAUCCUGUAUCUCUGAACUGUUGCAGUGAGAGUAACGUAAAUUGGAGCACAGUAGAAUGGAAGCAGGAAGGAAAAAUAAGCAUUCUAGGAAUCACAGAAACAAACCUAGAUUCUAAAUGCAGCAGAUUCACCCUCAAGGCUAAUGGAACCCAGUGCCCAAGUGGGUCAUCUGGAACAACAGUCAUCUACACUUGUGAGUUCAUUGGCGUACAUGGAGCCAGAGGCAGUAAGAACAUAGACGUGACAUUCACCUCUGUGGGAGAUAAUUCCAGCCACAAAAGGGAAGUGCACGAGUUCCUAAGGCAUGUGAUGGAAGUGAGUACAGUUCAGAGCACCACCGGGAACAGCCUAGAAACAAGUAAAGCCCAGGAGCAGCAAGCCAACCUGACCAUAACCCCGGACCUAAUUUCUGUUUCUGAGGGACAAAGCUUUUCCAUAAAAUGCACCAGCGAUGUGAGUAACUACGAUGAGGUAUAUUGGAACACUUCCGCUGGAAUCAAAAUAUAUGAAAGGUUUUACACCACGAGGAGGUAUCUUGAUAGAGCAGAGUCAGUGCUGACGGUGAAGACCUCGACCAGGGAGUGGAACGGAACCUAUCACUGCAUAUUUAGAUACAAGAACUCAUACAGUGUUGCAACCAAAGAUGUCACUGUUCACCCGCUGCCUCUAGAGCCCAACAUCAUGAUUGAUCCUUUGGAAGCUAGUUUCUUAUGUGGAGACUCCCAUUCCUUCAAGUGCUGCAUAGAGGAGGAUAUGGACUACAAAGUUACAUUCCAGAUUGAUUCCUUGUCCUUUCCGGCAGCAAAAGAAGUUAAUGGGAAACAAGUGUGCUACAAAUACAGUUUCAACACAAGCUCAGUUUCCUCGUGUUCAAGAAAUGUUGAUGUGUUUUGUCACUUUACCAAUGCUGCUAAUAAUUCAGUUCAGAGUCCAUCUAUGAAGCUCUCUCUGGUUCCUGAGAAGAAUAUCACAUGCCGGGAUCCCACAAUAGGCGUCGGGCAGCCAGGAAAGGUCAUCCAGAAGCUAUGCCAGUUCUCCAACGUUCCCAGCAGCCCUGACCGUACCAUUGGAGGGACCAUCACUUACAUCUGUGCAGGCUCAAGGUGGAAGGUGAAGAGAAAAGACUGCAUCUCUGCUCCAAUAAAUAGCCUGCUCCAGUUGGCCAAGGCUUUGAUCAAGAGCCCCUCUCAGGAUGAAAAGCUCCCUGCCUACCUAAAGGAUCUUUCUACUAGCACAGGCAAGGAGGAACAGGAAAUCAGCUCAUCACCAGGGAGCCUGGGAGCCAUUAUUAACAUCCUUGAUUUGCUUUCAACAGUUCCAACCCAAGUGAAUCCAGAGAUGAUGAAGGAUGUGCUGUCUACUGUGAACAUCAUCCUCAGUAAGUCCGUCUUGAGCACCUGGAAGGUUUUACAGCAGCAGAAGACCAACCAGAGCUCCCAGCUACUGUACUCCGUGGAACGGUUUUCCCAAGCCUUACAGUCUGGAGAUAACACCCCAUCGUUCCUCUCCCACCCCAAUGUGCAGAUGAAGAGCAUGGUGAUAAAAUCUGGCCAGACGAAUAUCUACCAACAGAAUUUUAUUUUUGCAGACUCUGACCUCUGGGGCAACGUGGCCAUUGAUGAGUGCCAGCUGGGACACUUGCAGCCAGACUCAUCUAUUGUCACGGUGGCUUUCCCAACCCUCCAUGCUAUCCUUGCUCAGGAUAUUCAGAAAAAGAAUUUUGCAAACAGCUUGGUGAUGACAACCACCCUCAGCCACAAUCUGACCAAGCCGUUCAGGAUUUCCAUGACUUUUAAAAACAACCAUCGCUCAGGAGGGAAUCCCCAGUGUGUCUUCUGGAACUUCAGUCUCGCCAACUCCACUGGCGGGUGGGAUAGCAGUGGGUGCCGGGUGAAAGAAGUCAAAGGGGACAGCGUGUCCUGUACCUGUGACCACCUGACAUCGUUCUCCAUCCUCAUGUCCCCUGACUCCCCAGAUCCUGGUUCUCUCCUGAAAAUACUACUAGAUAUCAUCUCUUACAUUGGGCUGGGCUUUUCCAUCUUGAGCUUAGCGGCCUGUCUGGUUGUGGAAGCCAUGGUGUGGAAAUCGGUGACCAAGAACCGGACUUCCUACAUGCGCCACACCUGCAUAGUGAACAUCGCCACCUCCCUGCUCAUUGCUGAUACCUGGUUCAUUGUGGCCGCUGCCAUCCACGACCAUCACUACCCACUCAGCGAGACGGCCUGUGUGGCUGCCACCUUCUUUAUCCACUUCUUCUACCUCAGCGUCUUCUUCUGGAUGCUGACGCUGGGCCUCAUGCUCUUCUAUCGCCUGGUUUUCAUUCUACACGAUGCCAGCAAGUCCGUUCAGAAGGCUAUUGCCUUUUCUCUAGGCUACGGCUGCCCCCUGGUCAUCUCAGUCAUCACCGUGGGGGCUACGCAGCCGCAGGAAGUCUACACAAGGAAGAAUGCCUGUUGGCUCAACUGGGACGACACCAAGGCCCUGCUGGCCUUUGUAAUCCCAGCCCUGAUCAUUGUGGUGGUGAACGUGACCAUCACCGUUGUGGUCAUCACCAAGAUCCUGAGGCCUUCCAUUGGAGACAAGCCAAGCAAACAGGAGCGGAGCAGCCUGUUUCAGAUCAGCAAGAGCAUUGGUGUCCUCACGCCACUCUUAGGGCUCACUUGGGGUUUUGGUCUUGCCACUGUGUUCCAGGGGAGCAAUGCCGUCUUCCAUAUCAUAUUCACCCUCCUCAAUGCCUUCCAGGGAUUAUUCAUUUUACUGUUUGGAUGCCUCUGGGAUCAGAAGGUACAGGAAUCUUUGCUGAACAAGUUUUCAUUGUCAAGGUGGUCUUCUCAGCACUCAAAGUCAACAUCCAUAGGUUCAUCUACACCCGUGUUUUCUAUGAGUUCUCCAAUAUCAAGAAGAUUUAACAACCUUUUUGGUAAAACAGCAGCCCCAAAGGUCCCCACAGGCAAAGACGGAAACCUUGUUAGCAGUGGCAGUUCACGAAACUGAUGGAACGUACAAUGUCUCCACCCCAGAAACAACCAGCUCCUCCCUGGAAAACUCAUCCAGUGCUUAUUCAUUGCUCAACUAAGAACAGAAAAAUCCAACCCACAUGACCUCCUGGAACCGGUGGACAUGAUCUGAGCAAGAGACCCUUUUAAAGCUAUGGGUGAAGUGUUCUCUCUGCAGGCCUCUGGGAGCAGAUGCUGAAGAGUCUUUUCCACUAGAAAAGAAUCUUUCUUUUGUAAAGACAGAUAAAAGUAAAGAUUAUGUUUAUUUUUGCUCCCCACCCCCA